UGACAUUUUUUUAUUCACGGUCAGUUCAAUCAGGUUCAUCACGUUAAAUUUUUAGCCCUUAUUUAUAUUUUAUUUAGUUUUCUAUCUUUCGCCCAGCACCACCUAAUCACUCUUUUUUUAAAAUGCUCUAAGACGUCUAAAAUACCUACAACUAUAAGAAUACAAUUAUUUAUAUCAACUUAUAUAAUAAUUAUCACAACAAUUUAUUUCUACAAUUCUUCAAAAAUGUUGGCUCGAGGAGUUUGUGUUCAAAACAGUGCAAAAUCUUUAAGUUACUGUUACCAUUGCUGCAAGUUAUUGUCAUCUCAAGCAAAAUCAAAUCAAAAACUAAGUGAUAGCCCCUUGAUAGUAUAUUCGCAAAAAGUGAAUGAUGGUGUGUUAUCCAAGGAUACUCACCAAGAAAAGGUGGUGCAACACUUGCAAGAGCUCUAUCAAGAAGUUUCAGUGUUUCAACGACCUGUUAUUCAACCUAAAAUAGGUGAAUCAUUAUUUAGUUUAUUUAGAAAAAAGGAACCACAAAAAAUUAUUGCACCAAAAGGUCUUUACAUUUAUGGCAGUGUUGGUGGUGGGAAAACAAUGUUAAUGGACUUAUUUUAUGAGACAGUUCCAAUAAAAGAGAAGCUGAGGGUUCAUUUUAACUCCUUCAUGUUGAAUAUACAUUCAAGGAUACAUGAACUCAAAAUUAAAUCGGGUAAAGGGGCUAGUUCUUUCAGAGAUGAAGGUUCCAAACCCUUUGACCCCAUUCCACCUGUGGCCGCUGAUAUUACUGCAGAAUCCUGGUUAAUAUGUUUUGAUGAGUUUCAAGUAACAGAUAUAGGUGAUGCUAUGAUAUUAAAAAGAUUAUUCACUCAAUUAUUUGACAACGGCUGUGUGGUUGUCGCCACUAGUAACAGAAAGCCGGAUGAUUUAUAUAAAAAUGGAUUGCAAAGAUCAAACUUCUUGCCGUUUAUACCAAUAUUGAAAUCACAUUGUGAUGUUAUACAGCUGGACUCUGGUAUUGAUUAUAGGUUGAGAGGAUCUGGCAAUAAAUAUGGAAAAUAUUUUCUAAAUAGUGAAUUGACAGCUGACAAUAAUGGCAUAAAUACAUUAUUUAAGUUCCUUGCAUCAAAGGAGACUGACACUGUGAGAGUUAGAGUAAUUAAUAUAAUGGGCAGGAAUGUCAAAUUUUCAAAGACCUGUGGUCAGGUGUUGGAUUCAACGUUUGAAGAAUUAUGUGAUAGGCCUUUAGGUGCCAGCGACUACCUCGUUAUAUCAAAAACUUUCCACACUGUGUUCAUUAGAGAUUUACCUCAAUUGUCCAUUGUGUUACAUAGAUCACAGAUACGUAGGUUCAUAACAUUGAUUGAUACUCUGUAUGACAAUAGAGUGAGGGUUGUUAUAGCUGCGGAUUGUGAACCAAAGAAUCUUUUCAAGUUGGAUGAUGUGAAAGACAGUAUUGGUGAUGCUGAUAGGGCUUUGAUGGAUGAUCUUAAAAUCACUAAAGAUUCGGACGAUGCAAAAGCCGCAAUAUUUACCGGUGAAGAAGAAAUGUUUGCAUGCGAACGGUGCCUGUCUAGAAUUAUGGAAAUGCAAACUGAUGAGUAUUGGAAAAAAUGGAGUAACGAAGUCAAUUAAUGACAUUUAGUUUUGACAAUCACAGUAUGACUUAUACGUAGACAUGUUUUUUUAUGUUCCAUUUCGCGGAUUCAAUUUAUAUGACCAUCGUAAUGACGUGUAGUUAAAAUUAAACUAUUUAUGUUUUAUAAUUUUAAAGGUCUAGUAUUCAAUGCGCACAAAAACAUGAAUUUUGAUUGAUAUUUAUAAUUUAAUAUUGUGCAAUAAUAAUAAACUAAAAACUUUUUGCUGUUAGUAUUUUCAGUCGCUUGAUACUAGGAAGAAAUUAAAAAUAUACAUAUUUUUCAAGCGACUGUUGUUCAGUCGAUUUGUUUCUAAAUAUUCUAUACUUAGUGAUAUAAACGCUCAAUUUCUCGUACAAAUUCUUUACUGUUGUGUUUUGAUAAUACAUGAUAUGUAAGUGAAAAAUAUCCGUUACCAAUUUAUAUAUUUUAAUAAGAUAACAUUGUGCAUUCAUAAUUUAUUCAAAGUUCAAGUGCCUUUUUUGGAUAAUAAUAUUAAAAUUGUUUUAAUUGUGAGAAUGUUAAUGUCAAUAAACAAAAAUUAAAAGUAUAUAUAAUUAAAUAUCAGUUUGUUAUCCUAUAUUCAAAAGAUAUGUGUACAUAUUGUUUUUAUUUAUUUGCUCCUAAGAGUUUAUUUAUUUUCAUCACACAGAUAAUAUAGAUUUGUAUAUAGUUUAUAAUUAUGUUAUAACGAUAAAAUUAGUACAAUAAUGAAAAUAUAGUUUCAGUAUUAUUUAACAUUCUCAAUUAUAUUUGUGGCAUGUUACUUAUUUUUAUAUUUGUUUUUUUUUUAUAUCACAUGCCGGCUGUUGAAUGAAAUUAUUGUUAAAAAAAAUUUAUUGUUAAUUUAUAUUUGAAAUAUAGAUAUUGUUUCAGGAAUAAUAAA